CAUUUCUUUAUUUCAGAUGGCUGUUGCGGCUACUAUACAGAUAUAGACGUACAGGAGGCUAAUUCGUUUCGAUCAGAAUAUGUUUUUAUAAAGAUAAGCAUAAUAUUGUUAGAUUAUAUGAGUAAGUCUGGUAGGCCUCAAACUGACUUUCUCACCUUAAAUUCAACUGACGGAGUCAGUUGGAGUGCCGCUACGCACUGCCUUCAGGAAGUUUACCCAGGACACUCCUGACCUGCAAACCAACAUUUUAUUUCAUAAUUGGUUAAAAUUAGGUUACGGUAAGAGCCAGUUUUAGAUGUUGGUUAGUCGUUUUACAUGCGUAUCCUUAUCGAGAUUCCCUAAAAACACACCUCUUCGAUACAACUACGACCGGAAGUGGCUUUUUUCGUAGCAGGCUUGGGGAAUUUAGGUUAGGUUAGGAUGAUUCCUAACCUGCUAUAAAAAGUAACUAUAUCGAAGUUGCGUGUCCUUAUCUCAUAUACUCUGCCUUUUUCCUGCAACAACUCAACUUCUCUGUUGUGCGCCUCUCAUUGAAAGUUCAACAAUGAUCCGGUUAAUGGUAUUCAUAAGAACUGUUUACGAAGAACAACUUUUCCUGUUCCUGUUUCGGGGUUGAUUUUGUUUCACUGGUAGGCUACAAUCAACAUAAGGACAAGUCCUCUGCCUCUUCUCAAGAUAUGAAAGCGUGUUCAACGUGAUUUCCCGUUGUGUCAUUGAGAAAGACGAACGUCUCUUUUUCACUGGUUUUGUAAAGAUCCCUAUGCUGCUGAGAUGGAGGAGGCGUACACAGAGCUGUACAGGGAGUUCCUCCGACUGCGUUCGCUAUGUCUGAAGCAGGCUGCUCUACUCCAGCAACUCACAGAGACACUGAGGAGACAGCGAGGAGAAGCCCCUGUUCCUGAUGGACAACCCAGCGUAAUGGCACCAAUCCCAGUCCAGUGCACCCAGGGUGGCCUGGGGUCUCUCCCUGCACGGCCAGAAACCCCAAUGGUACCAACACACAACCCUGCUGCACACCGUGGCGGUAUAGUCCUAUCUGGGGCCUUUGGCUCACUCUCUGAUCUCCUGGAGGGGGAUUUGGGUAGACUACGGCUGGACUUUGCUCAUCCAGAGACAGAAAGGAAUGCGGUCCUCAAAGCCGCUCCCCUCAGGCCUCUGGAUCUACCUGGGGGUAAUAAUGGAGAGGUGGCACCCUCCAGUGUCUCUGGGGACUCGAAGCAAGCAGGUCGAUUUUGGGUUGAUGAUACGACCCGACAAAUGUUCCGGAUGCCCUCGGCGUGUGGCUCCUUCUUGGACAGGGAGUUCCUGAGCCAGACCGGGGGAAUGAUGCUGAUGUCAGAGGUGGCAAUGCAGUCUCAGGUGUGUGACUUCUGCAAUGCUGUGUUCCCUGGCUACACCACCACCAGGGGGGACUUCCUGCGCCACCUCCACACACACAUCAGCUAAAACUCUGGUUCCAUGUUGAUUCAACAUCAUCGCAUAGAUUUUGGGGGGUUGAAAUGACAUGGAAACAAUGUUGAUUCAGCAAGUUUUUUCCCCAGAGGAUUAUUUUGUUGCCACAGUGAUCAGUAAUUUGCGCCAUGGGUCCUGGUCAAAAGUAGUACACUAUAUCAUAGGGUGCUAUUUGGGAUGGAGCCUUGGUCUUUCUCAAUCAAAGCAGCGACGCAAAAGCACACAGCAGAACUCCUCAACGAGCCACCAGAUUGGCAGCUAUAUCUCGCUAUAUUUAGUCUGCUCUCAUCAUGGUGGUAGGGGGUGCGCACUCACAUGGAGUGAAAAGAGGGUGACAUCACAGAUACAGGUGAGUCAUGAAGCAUCGUUUGUACAGGAUUAGCACUCAGCACAGAACUGGAAGGAACAAACAACUUGAUGGUGGUGGUGAUAUUGGGGGGAGAGUGGGAAUGUCUGUUUGGACUUAGUGCUUUUCUAUUAGUUCCCUAAUUGCUGGCAGCAUUCGAAUGACGAAGGCUUAUCGUACAUUUGACUCUCAUGCUCCGUCAAAAGGAGUGCAACAAAUGGGGCCACAAGAUUAAAACAAUAAAAUAACAUUUAUUGAGAUUUAACAAAAUAAAUAAUCUUCUGUUCAACAUAAA